GCCUUCGCGACACAGCCGCCCCCCUGCUGGAGAGUGCUAAUAACCAUAGCUGGAAGCCACUCUGGAACAUUUGAGAUCACGGCAUUAUCGAACGUGGGGUCAUAUAUUAUGACUUGUAUUAAAAUGAUCUGUCCCUGCAAGGGUUUGUCCGACAUAGACGAAAUUCCUUACCAAAUAACCUCAGCAAUACCCCUUUCACUAAUGGAACGAGUGCGAAAGAAAAGCGAUAAGAUGGAAAGACCUGCCGCAUACCCAAACCAAGUCUUCACAAUGAGGAAAAGCGUUACCCUAGGGUUGCUGCUCACGGUAAAUGGGUGGUCAAUACUUACCCUGCAGUCUUUCCGGUCUGUACUACGAACGCCAAUGUAAGCAGUCUACCAAGGUUGACGCACUCACUUUGUAACCAUCGCAAGCGAGCGGGAAAUUCACCUUGUCGU